GACAGGGUUUUUGCUUUGACUUUCAUUUCAUUUCGUUUCACAGUUGGGGAGGCUGAGAAAUGGGCGGUGCCGCGAGGUUCCUAGUCCUCCUCACCACUCCCUUCCCUCUCCUCCACCGCCGCAGCAGCUCUUCCCUUCUCCGCCUGUCUCGCCACCGCAAGUUCCUCCUAUCCUCUUUCCAUCAUCUUAAUUGUUCUCCCUCCUAUGCUCCACUUCUUCUGUCUCCUCCUCUCAAAGCUUCUCGUCAACUUCAUAACCAGGCUGCCUCCUCUGUCCGCAAUGGCUACUUGGAAGACUCUUCUUUAGGUCCCCACCAUUCCCAUCCUUGGCCUGAGUGGUCUAAAUUUAUUGAUCAUAUCUCUGCUUCUGGAUAUUUUGAUAAUCGGCCGUGUGAGGAUGAAUUUGUGGCGGCGGGGGAAUUGAACCCCUUCUUUCUGCGUGAAGCCAGUGCUUGCUUGGCCUUUGCUCGGGAUCGACAGAAUAUUUUGCGGCUACUUUCGAGGAGAGACGUAGAGGUGGUCGUCGAACACGGCACGCCAUUUCUGUUCCAAGACGCUGAGGAUUCAGUGAGAAAGAUGAGAUCUUUUAUAUCCAAUAGUACAAUCAGUGUCCUGGAUUCUGAUCAAGCUCAUAUGGUUGAUUUGAUGAAAUUUAUGCUGAGUUAUACAAGUAACCCUUUGGUAUUGUCAGAAAGGGACAAUCUUCGUAAUAGAGAUCUUGUUGAAUCAUCAGUCCGAAAUCUUUUUGCUGAACUUUUCAAGCUGACUUGUAAUGCAUCUGGAUCAAACUCAUGUGGUGCAAUGCAAAAUCAAAUGCCUGUUAGAUCUGGACAGACAAUGGCUCCUACAAAAAAGAUUGAAAUGAAAAGGGGUGAUUGGAUUUGCCCCAGGUGUAAUUUCAUGAAUUUUGCAAGAAAUAUCAAAUGUCUCGAGUGUGAGGAGGCCAGGCCAAAGAGACAGCUAACUGGAGCAGAGUGGGAGUGCCCUCAGUGUGAUUUCUAUAAUUAUGGGAGGAAUAUGACUUGCAUGAGGUGUGAUUGCAAGCGGCCUGGACAAAUACAGUUAGCUGUGGUCAAUACCCCAACAGGAGUGGGGUUUGGAAAUGAGAGUAGGACUAACACUUCGGAUAUUGAUGGUAGGUUAGCUGCUAAUGAAGAGAAGGCUCAGCGCUGGUUUAGUAAGGUUUCUCAACUGGACAGUACUUCUGAUAUUAACAGUAUGACAUCAGAUGAAGAUUUUCCUGAAAUAAUGCCAUUGAGGAAAGGAGUAAAUAGAUUUGUUGUGAGCACAAAGAAAACACCAUUGGAGAGGAGGUUGGAUAAUACUCAAUAUAACAGAAAUUUGGGUAACGAUGGCACUGGUGAGGUUGAUGAUUUUCAAGCCAGCAAGGCAACCAAGUCACCUCACACAUCUGUGAGCCAGAGGCUAGAUGAGAUUCUUGGUCGUCCAGCUGGCCAUUCUCAAUCUGACAAUAUGAGCUUUGCUUCUGGACAUAAUACUAAUACAGACAGCCCACCUUCAAUUUCUAGUUCUCCUCAAUACAGAAAUUUGAGAAGCAGCGACUCUGGCCAUGCUCCGUUUGUUCCAUUGCCUGCAGAUACAUUUGCUCAAACGUCGGAGAACUUGAAGACAGGAGAGAGCAAGAAGGUGGUCCCAGUUAGUGAUGCUGGAUCUGGCAACUUGGGAGAUAGUUCACAUCUUUCUAGUUCUUCAAAUCAACUUGAUAGAGAAAACAAAGAGCAAGAGCAAGCUGAAAAAUCUGAGAGGUGGUUUAGAAAGGUUUCUGAGCUGCAUAAUGUUUCAGAUUUGACAAGUGCAAUAUCGGAUGAGGAUUUUCCGGAGAUAAUGCCAAUGCGAAAAGGAGAAAAUCGAUUUGUUGUUAGCAAGAAAAAAGAUCGCUCUUUGACUUCCCCAGCAUACAAGAGACAAUUGGCAAUGGAGCAAGCUAGUAAUACCAGCUACGUCCCGUUUGUCCCAUUCCCGCCAGGCUACUUUGCCAAAAAAGACAAACAGCAGUCAGAUGGAACAAAUUCAACUGAUAAACUCAUCAUUGAAUCAGCAUCAGAGGUGGCAGAGAAGCUUCCAGAGAUGUCUGAUGAUACUGGACAUAGGAUUGAGGGUGGAGACUAUGUCAAAGGUAUGACCAAUGAUGGAGGAUUUCCUGCUCGCCCUGGGUUGCAGAGAAGAGAUUAUGCCCAAGAUGGUGGAAAUCAAGAUUUAAGCAUGAACAACUGGGGUCCACAGGCUUCAGUACAGGGCUCAAGUAACAAUGACAAGGAUCCUGGUGAUAAGUAUACCAGGUACGAGAAUAAAGAUCACAUGCCAAAUUCGAAUGAGAGUUCAUCCCCGACGCCUGAGAACCAAAAUGUGAGGGCUCAAUGGACGGGAAAAAGUUUGGAGGGAUCAGCAGUAAAGGAACCAGAUCCUCUAGACAUGUCAGAGGAGGCAAAGGCGGAGAGAUGGUUCCGUCGCGUUGCACAGAUUAAGGAUAUAUCUGAGCUAAGUCAGAUUCCUGACGAAGACUUUCCUUCAAUAAUGCCUAUGCGCAAAGGGGUGAACAGAUUUGUUGUGAGCAAGAGAAAAACACCGUUAGAAAGGAGAUUGACGUCUCAGCAGUACAGAAAAAAUCUUCCAGUUGUGAGUUCAGAUCCAAUUAAAAAAGAAAACGAAGGGAGCUGAUGCAAAACUGUAGCCAUUUUCCGUUCGGAUGUCUCACUAUAUUUUAUUUGGCUGGCAAAUUUUGUGUCACUGAUUGCCAUAAAAUGGAUAAAAGAUGGUUGAAUAGAACGCUGUUCAAAAUCUUAUGUUGUCAAAGUGUAAGAACUUUGUUAGAUUGCUAUGCAUGUUAUUGCCAUGAUUGAA